GUUGGCGAUUUCUAACAUAUUCAUUUUUUGUGGUGAAGAAUUACUCCAUGGCGGCCUAUAAAAAAGUAGGCGACACCGGAAUCCAAUACUCUAAAGAAGAUGUGCUAGGUAGAGGCACAUAUGGUGAUGUAUUCCUUGGUAUUUUCAACAAAGAACAAGUUGCAGUCAAGAAAAUUUUAUUAAAUCGAUCGGAAAAAGAAGAGCGCGAGGUAGAUUUACAGAAAAUUCUUGACCAUGAAAAUAUUUUGAAAAUUCUCCAAGUGGUUGAAGACGACGACUUCAGAUAUAUCGUACUGGAACUGUGUGCAGGAACACUUAGUGAAGUGAUUGAAAAUACAUAUAAAGGACCCACCCAGCCACCUGAUGCAAUUGUUUUAUACCAAAUCGCCGAUGGCCUUGACUACAUCCACUCGGAAAAACUUGUCCAUCGGGACAUUAAACCUGACAAUAUUUUGGUUUCACAGACAGGCCACAUGAAAUUGUCAGACUUCGGAUUGAGCAAACAAAUCAGCAUCCGAGACACCUUUAGCAUGAGUGGAAUUAAAGGGACUCAUUUAUGGAUGGCACCAGAAUUCUACGACAAUAACGAGAAAGCAACUCCGAAAUGUGAUGUUUUCUCGUGCGGUUGCGUCUUUUUUGUUUUCCUUACUCGCGAAAAUGGUGGGAUCCACCCGUUUGGCGAUACAAACGUUUCUUUGCAAGUACCGUUAAACAUUCAAAAGGGUAAACCAGUUAACAUCGAGGAGUUAGAUUCUAAUCACUUUGCGUUUUCCUUUGUUCGCGAUAUGAUUGAACGUGAUCCUUUAAAAAGAAUAGCCCUUCAGACGGUGAAAACUAAUCUAGAGAUGAUUUUAUUUGGCAAUUUUCCUCAAUUGCCUACGAAUUUUGCAAGAGAAAACAAUGCUACUGCGGCAAACAUAGACGAAACAAUUUUUGCAAGUGGUUCAUUCAAAAAUGUCUACAAAGGAAAAUAUACUCAAGGAGAAAGAGCCGGUGAAGACUGCGUUUGCAAAUCCUUAAUAUCCGGCAGCGUCUUUGAAGAAUCCUACUUUCAAGUAGAACUUCAAGUGGUGGAAAAAGCAAUGGAAAUCAUCAAUAAUUUCAAUAAGGGAAAAGUUAUUGACCAGACUAUCUGGCUCAACAAACCAGGGAUCUGGACCGGUACCAGUUCAGAAAAUGAAGGUGAAAAAGUGUUAGUUGAGCCCAUGAUUUCAAAUUUCGAAAAGUUCAACUCAAAUACGGGAUGGACUCCAGAAGAACCGUCUCCUUGGAGUGAUGUGAUGCAAGCUCUAAGUCACUACUCAUAUCACUCAACUAAUCGGCAUUUGCUCCUUUGUGAUCUCCAAGGUGGAGUGAUCGAAAAUGGCGCUGUCAUAACUGAUCCCAUUAUCAUGUCAACUUCCAAGGAAUAUGGACCGACAGACCUCGGCGACGAAGGGAUUUCUACCUUCUUUUUUUACCACAGAUGCAACGAGUUUUGUAAUCCUAAAUGGAUGAUUCCACGGCAUAAAAAAAGAUAUUUCGAGAAGCGAGAAGGUUCUUCAAUGGCUCUCUCCACAAAACUGACAGAACUCAAACUUGUCAACCAAAUUCCACAAGACAUCGUUGUUGGAACAAAUUUACGGAGGGUAACAGUAACACUUAAAGGAGGACAAGUCAAGAAAAAAUGAAAUUAAAUAAUUGUACUUCAUUCGUCCUUUCGUAUGUCUCCAACUACAUUACUCUGUUCUAACUUGUUACAUCUAGACUGCAAUUGUUGUAAGAUUAAAAAAAAAAUGUAAAUAAAAAUGAGAGACGGUGCAACAACGGUACUAAUAAUGCGAAAAUGAGUACAAGAAGUACUGUCUUCUUUUCAUCACACCGACCAAUCCGGAAGCUGGAUUCCAAAGUCAAACUUUAGUAAUAUUACACCUCUUUGCAAUAAUUUCAUGCUCACAUAACAAAAAAGGCAGUGAUGUUGUGAACGAAUAAAAGAAAGAACUCCUCAAAAAGAAAUUUAUCGGGAAAAACUGAAAUAAACUCGUGCAAAAACAUGGCGAUAAAGCGCUUUAAAUCAAGAGUAAGAGUUACCAUGGAAUUCCGUCAACAACUUUAACGUGUUGGCCAAAAAUAUAAGGAAAGAGAUUCCAAAUGCCUGUCACUAGGAAACACAAUUUAUCCAAUAACCCAAUAACUUCAAAAACAAUAUUCGGUAAGGUUCCCUAACAUAUCACUUUGCCGAUUAAACACAACUAGAGAAUAGACA